GUUUCUUUCUUUCCGCAUCUGAAAAUCGAAAUCCUAUUCCGAUAACCGCCCGAAAAUGGAAGUUAAACGGCGAACGGCUCGCUCCCUCGUUGCCAAGCUCAGUUCCGUCUCCGAACAGACUCGAUCCGAGGCCCUCGCCGAACUCCGCCUCAUCACCAAGCACGAUGCUGACAGCCGCCCAAUCGUCGCUGAAGCUGGUGGCAUUCCGUAUCUCGCCGAGAUUCUUUAUUCGUCUUCAUCUUCAGCCCAGGAGAACGCGGCCGCCACGCUCCUCAAUCUUUCUAUUUCCUCCCGUGCCGCUCUCAUGUCCACCUGGGGCUUACUUGAUGCGAUUUCCCACGGUCUCAGCCAUUCCCCGUCGGAUGCCGCUGUCCAGUCCUGCGCCGCCACGAUCUACAGCCUCCUCAUCGCCGAGGAAUCGUAUCGCCCUAUAAUCGGUUCUAAACGCGAUAUCAUUUAUUCACUGGUGAGGAUAAUCACUGACUCCAAAUCUAGUCCGGAAUCCAUAAAGGAUGCUCUGAAAGCUCUGUUUGGAGUAGCGCUUUAUCCGCUGAAUAGGGCGACUUUGAUUGAUCUCGGGGCAAUUCCGGCGCUUAUAUCUCUCAUAAUGAGGAAAGAACUGGCGGGGAUUGUGGAAGAUGCAAGCGCGGUGUUGGCACAAAUAGCGGGGUGUGGGGAGAGUGAAGAGGCAUUUAGGAAGGCGGAGGGGGUGAGGGUUUUGGCGGAUAUGUUGGUUGAGGGGACGGAGGCAAAUGGAAGGACAAGGGAGAAUGCUGUAGCAGCACUGCUGAAUUUGGCCAGGUGUGGAGGAGGAAGAGGGAGAGAGGAGGUGAGGGAGGUGGGGAUGAGGGUGUUGGAGGGGAUUUCCAACGUUGCGGAGAAUGGCAGCAGCAAAGGGAGGGCAAAGGCAUUUGAUUUGCUCAGGAUUGUAGUUGAAGGCUACGAGAUGGGCGAUUCACGGUUUGAUGAUUUGCUGAAUCGCUCUACAUGAAUGAAUUAGUUGUUUUUAAUUGUUGAAUUUGAUUUUCUUUCUUUAGAUUUAGUUUGAUAUGUGCAGACGAGAUUUGUAAUGAUGGACUGUAAAUGUGAAUUGAAUUUGUGACACGGCAUUUUAUCAUUGAUUUGGGAUUUUUUCCAAGGUGUAAAUUGUAUUGUGAAUGAAAUAGCAACUUGCAU